AUGGUGGUCCCUGUCACUUGUCGUGUGGGAUACAGAAAAGUUCCCUCCCUGUGUUACAGGUCCUGUUCCACUUAUAUCAGGAGAAUGAGAUAUUUGUCUGAGCUAAAAGAAGAUGAUGAUGCUUGCAGACAAGCCUACAACUCAGGAUCUUUCUUCCUGUUUCACAAUCUCUCUCCCUUCUUGCAGCGCAAAGGAAAAAUGUUCUUGGCCCCAAAGAUAAACACACCAGAUAUUAAAAGGAUCCUUCUGAAAUUCAGCCAGAGUGAAAGGUGGAUAGAGGACUCCGUGCUGGUUGGCUGUUCAGAGGAGUGUACGCCAUAUUUUGCUUUGGACCUAGGAUCUUUGGAGAGAGCUGCCAUGGAAUCCGAACUUGGUGGAUCAUUUGCAGAUGCAUGGAAAGCAUUAUUCCAGUUAGAGAAGGAAGAUUCAGCACUGAUUUUCUUGGCUCAGGCUCUCCUUCGCUGGCAUAACAACAAUCAGUAUUGUGGGAAAACGGGGCAGCCCACCGAGAAGAACCUGUCUGGGAGCAAACGGGUGUGCCACAGCAGUGAAAUAAUCUGUUACCCACAGAUGUCUCCUGUGGUUAUUACUUUGGUAUCUGAUGGGAGUCGGUGCCUUCUUGUACGGCAAGCAUCGUUUCCUAAAGGGAUGUACAGCGCUCUGUCUGGCUUCUGUGAUGUGGGUGAGACUCUGGAAGAGACGGUCAGACGGGAAGUGGCAGAAGAAGUGGGAUUAGAAGUGGAGACUCUCUGGUACUCUGCUUCCCAGCACUGGCCGUUCCCAAACAGCUCAUUAAUGAUAGGCUAUCAUGCCAUGGUGCGUCCACAACAGAGCAAGAUCAGUAUCAACAGACAGGAACUAGAAGCUGCCAAAUGGUUCAGCCUCGAGGAGGUAGAGCGAGCCCUUGGAAGGGAACCAAAGCCUUCCCAGGAGAAGGACGACAGCCUCUCCUUUUGGGUGCCACCUAAGCAAGCCAUCGCCCACCAGUUGAUUCAGGAAUGGGCUAAGAAGCAGGCCGUCAUACCUGUUUAG